UUGAACGCAGCUCUUGUUUAAAUCACAUGACCCCAUGUGAGUUUGACAGAUCGAUCGUCGUCAUAUGAUUUUUAAGGUUCGGUCAUCUGCAAAUAUUGGAGCGAUUUUACCCAUUUAACGAUGUGGUCGAUAUUACCUCUAUUCUUUUUGGCUACAACAGUUUAUGGAGCUGGCGAAUUCUCUAUAAUUCACCAUCCAGGGAGUAUAGUUUUCAGAGGACACGACUCAGUGAAACAAAGCACCCUUCCCGAAGUCUACACUGCAGCCCUUGGGUUCUCCACUGAACACUUCUCGCACUGGCAGGGAUUCUAUAUUGAAAACCCUUUCAAUAUCCCUGAAGCAAUCGUUACAAUUGCUGUAGACGGUGUCAAGGAUAUCGGUCAAAAUAAAGGACACCACUACCCUCUGUUAACUAACGACGAUGAAGCAAGAAUAUUCAGGUCUUUGGCUAAAAGAAUCACUGAAAGAUUCCCUAAUGAAGAACCUACACUAGUUAGAAUCGAUCUGUCCAAUGGUUUAGAUGAUGUCAAACAAUACAGCAUUUUUGAUGGCAUAAAAAGUGACAGUCCUAAGCAUGUCAGUCACAAGCAUUUGAAAUUGGAUGUUGAAGAAGACAGAGAUUUCUUAAAAGAUAUAGCGAUUAUCAACCAAGUUGCACAAAAGGUUAGCGAAGGUGUUGUGAAGGAAGAUUUUGUACCAGAUGUAUACUGGUUCCGUAUUGCAUCCCUGCAUGCUCUCUCUGAUCUUCACGGUGAAAAUUCAACCCAAACCCAAGAAGCUAAACAGCUGCUUCAAGACACUAUUACUCAUCUAAGCGAUGUAUUUUCCAAAGCAUACGGAAAUCAUGUUUUUGUGAAUGUGAUGACAAGUGAUGCUAGUCACACCAGAGUUAGGAGGAACAUUUUGGCCACCGAAGAAGAACAAGAACUUAAAAAUAAAUACAAUUUGGCAGCCAAGUACAACAAGGACUUUCCCGUCAUAUUCAACAUUAUUCUUUGGCUUUGCGUGGUUAUUUUUUUCUCAAUUUUCGCCAUUUGUGUCGCUACUGCUACUAUGGAUCCAGGUCGUGAUUCAAUUAUUUAUAGGAUGACAAGCACUAGGAUGAAGAAAGAUAAUUAAAUUUUUAAAAUUUCAGUAUUGUAGCGCAAGAAUUUUAGCUCAAUGUAUUUAAUUGAAUCAAUUUUGUCACAAUUCGUAUUUUGCAAAUGCUUUUUGUCAUCAUUCCAUUAGAAUAUUGUAAAAAAAUGAGGAUUUACACCUUGUGUGUUAUAGAAAUGAUGUUUAAGUGAUAAUUUAAUUGUAUAUGUAAAUUUUUCUUUUGUUAGUGUUAUAAGAUGUGUAAAUAAAAUAAUAUAAAACAGUU